CACCACAUCAACCCCGAGCACGCGACAUCACCACCACCACCACCACCACCAUUUCUAAGAAUAACCUGAAACACAAUAAUCCCCCCAACUAUAGUACCUAUCCCAAUGACAUCCAGACAUCCCAGAAACUCCCUCAGUCGAUUGGUAUCUAGACCAAACCCGGUACCUGAUUCCACCUCAUCUAUGAAGUCAUCCAUCCCCACAAUGACUUCACAAUGCUGUCAACGGCCUGGAUCGAUGAACACAUCGAUUUGAUGUGGGAUAUAAGUAGGGUGCUGGGACUGUGUUCAUCAAUCAAUUAAAUCAGAUCACAGGGAUAAUUCACUCUUCUUCACGCAACAAACGAACUACUUCCUUCUAUCCAUCUACUUUAUCCAGAAAACUAAGCCACCAACACCAACCAAAAUGCCUCGCGGAGCCGAAUACGACAACGGAGUCCCCCAGAGCGACAACGCCAUUGAUGCCGGCGAGACCAAGGUUCACGGCACGAACCCUGACAACGACCACCUAAACCGCGUGCAACGCACCGCUCCCCUCCCUGAAGCCGCGCACAGCAGUGGCGGCACGUACAGCAUCGGGGGCAGCGCGGGCCCGAACAAGUUUGGAAGUGGAAAGGGGGGUCAUGAGCCUAAGACGUUGGGGGAUAAGAAGGGAUUGGGUGAUAUCUAAAUCUGAAUUUACAUCUAGAUGAGUUUAUGAUGUUUUCUUAUGUGGAUGCCUUGUGUGUUUGGGAGUUUGGUGGUGAUGCAUGGGUUAUGAGAGAUAUGUGACUAUUAUUAUCAUAUGGACUUUUCCGGCUGGGGAAAGGUGAAGGCUUCCUGGGUGAGGCCUGAAAUGAAAUUGAAUGAUUGAGAUGAU